AUGUCCUCCAGCAAGACCGACCCAGUUCUCUCUCCUCUCUCUCUCCCUUUCCCUCCUCGUCCUCCUGCUUCUGCUCGACCAGCCAUAGUUUCACGAGGUCAGAGCGCUGGAGGGAAGAUGAGCGGCGGUAAAGGAGCUACAAACACGGUGCACGUCAAGUACCGAAAGAUCCAUACGUCAGACCUCAAGUAUGACGACAAGUUUCUGGAGAGAGGCACGUACGGAGACGUCAAGAAGGCCACCUGGCAGGACAAGAACGUGGCAGUGAAGAUGUUCCCGUAUGCAGAGAGGAAGGGAGGCUUUUCUGAGGAGCUGGUGUGUCUGACAAUGCUACACGAACAUGCCUACAUUGUCAAUCUCCAUGGCGCUCAUCUCGGAAACUCACAGACUGACAGACCAUUCCUAGUACUGGAGUUUGCCCCAUACUCACUGGAGAAAGUCCUCCACAAGUUUAGAGAAGAACUGGAGUACACGGUCGACAACGUGAUGAGUUGGACGGUCCAAAUGGUCAUCGCUCUCGAGUUCAUCCACAGCAAAGACAUGUUACACAGAGACAUCAAGCCCUCCAAGUCAGUGAAGCAGUAUAGUCACUUACCCAGACCCAACACUCUUAUAUGGCAGUAUGUAAGGGCAAAAUGUUACUGAAAAUUGGAAACUUAAUUGCAUUCUUUCACUGUGCCCCAUUGUUUUUCUAUAUAUAGUAACAUUUAUGAUUUAGCCCUUCGUGUACUGACACAUUCCCUAUAAUGUUCUCUGUGUGUUAUUUGCCGCAGUAUUCUUCUGUUUGAAGAUGGUCGAGUGCUAAAGCUGUGCGACUUUGGCACUGCUCGCAAGUUGGAACACACACUCACCAACGCAGUGGGCACUUCGUGGUACAUGGCGCCUGAAGUCAUCAGAGGUGGGAGACCUCCAAUGAUUGCUAGACUGCCAAAGUGUCUGGAGGAGCUCAUCAAAAAGUGUUGGGAUGAAGGUUCGCACAAGAGACCAUCAUUUCGCGAGAUUAAAUCUAAACUGGAAAGACUUGUCAAAUUGAUUAAGAUUGAACAGGGAAGGCCGUUUAUUCGAGUCAAGAAGACAGAGGAGGCGGAGUCUGGGGUGGGACAAGGGGCGGAGCAAGAGGCAGAGCAAGAGGCGGAGCCAGAGAAAACGCCGUCUCCCGAGAAGACAGACUCAGACUCGAGGAAGAAUCAAGCCUCGCCCCGCCCCUCCCCUCCUCCUCGCUCUACCCCCUCCCCCACUUCCCCCUCCUCCCACAUUCCUCCCUCCCCCUCCUCCCACAUUCCUCCCUCCCCGUCCUCCCACAUUCCUCCCUCCCCGUCCUCCCACAUUCCUCCCUCCCCGUCCUCCCACAUUCCUCCCUCCCCAUCCUCCCAAAUUCCACCCUCCCCCUCCUCCCAAAUUCCUCCCUCCCCAUCCUCCCACAUUCCUCCCUCCCACAUGACACCCUCCCAGAGCACACCCUCGCUGCCGUCUGCCGCAUAUCGCCCGACCUCUAUCCCCAAACUCCCUCCUUCCUCCUCACACGGCCGCCUUCCUCAUGAUCACCACGUUACCCCCGGGGCGGCAAUUACACCACUGCAGCUGAGCUCACUCGUACGGAGAGACUCCAACUGUACAAGCAGCAGUCCAGCCCGGCGGGGGAGGGAGGUCACCUGCCCGAGGCCCCGCCCACUUCCUCCGCGGACCUUCUCUCCAGCUCGUACCCCCAGACCCAGCUCUCCCCCCUCAUGGAGAGACGGAGACUGGGCCGUCCCUCCACUCCCGUCUCACACACGCCUGCCGGCCCGUUCAGGGGACCAUCUAGUGCCUUUCUCCCCGCCAGCGUUCUCCCCGCACUCAACAAAACCUCCAACCAUCACCCACCAAGACUCUGUAGCUAUUGAGAGAGAAGGAGAGGAGGAGGAUGUGGUGAGUCAGAAGCAGAGACAGCAGUGGUUCCAGCAGGUAGAGGAGAAGAGCAAGAGUGGAGAGUGGGACGACGGAUCUCCCCUCCUCCUCAUCUGUCCAUUUAUCCCACUGCCAUUCCGGGCACUCACUACUCCAUCCCUGGACUCCAUCCGGACUGGCAGCAGCUCAGACUCCCUGCAACUCUUCCACAGGUACAAAGAGGCAGCACAGCAGUUGGUAAAGACAAGCAGUGAAGUAGCCCACCUAACUGAAAUCUGUGCCAAAUUGAACCAGGAAAUCAGACAAGAUGAGGUCACCCUUGAGAAAAACAAGUCUUCUAAAGACCACUACCAGAAACUGCUCAAUCAGAAGGAUACGAUGGUGAGCGAAUUGCAAAGGAUAAAAGGUCAACUGGCUCAGAAUCGGACCAGAAGCUAUUGAUGUUUUAGGAUCACUUUAUAUCAUUAAGUACGUAUGUGUGUGGUUCCUAAAGAGUAAACUUUUAGUUGUCACAAUAAUUUCGAACACUGUUGUGUAUACAUGUAUUGUAGAAUUUUGUGUGCAUUUUAUUUUUUUAUCCUCUUAGUUUGCAAAAAGCGCACUUUGCAACCCGUGUGUGUUUGCUUAAAUUCUUUGACUUUCAUGAAGAAAAAACCAAAAAUGCUAUUGUUGCAGAAUGCAUUUUAGCCAACCAUUGUUCUUUUUCUGCCUCUCGUUCUGACUUCGUCC